CACGUUGACGGACAGUACUUCCUGUAGGCGUCAAGCCAGUCAGAAGUAAUACGACAGUACGUCCUUCGACGUCGAUCUUUUGACUAGUUUAAACACAGUACGCCAUAAGACGUAAAAUUUUACAGGCAUUCAUAAGGAAGGGCAUGUUGUACUGUCACCGAAGAUAUAUUUUAGACUUUAUACUGUCACCACACAAUGUUUAAAAAUCUGUUCAAAGAAAGUACCUGCACACACACAUCCACAUUUUUUUGGCACUGCCCUCACACACACUACGCCCAUAGCCGUCGUGUUUUCAUACAUUUUGUUUAGUACUGCGCCACGGCGGUGCGCCGACAGGUCGUUACGUGAUUUCGCGCGCAAUUAUUUUUUCGAACAUGGCUUCCCGCGAUUCAUAUGAAAAAGAACAAAAGCGGAUUCAGGACUUAUUUGACGCUGCUUUGUCUUCUGAAUCGAGUCAUGACCCCUUUGAAGAUGAUGGAGAAUUCGGAUCCGAUGCCGAUUUUCAACCAUCUGGUGAAGAAUCUUCGAGUUCCGAGGGUGAAGCUCAGGCAUCACAAAUGAGACACAAACAACAUAGAACAGCUGCAGUAUCCUCUGGUGAGUCUACAUCCUCUUCAUCUAGUGAUACAGAUGACCCUGAUGAACUUAGUAAUCACGUUAUACAAAGUUCUGAGAUACCUGUAAACCAAGAACCUGCUCCAUUGGUACCUGGUGUGUUUGUAAAUGACGAAGAGAACACUAAUGUGGAUCAAGUCACCUCUGAUCAACCGAACCCUACCAAUACGAGUCCUAGGGUAUCAGACAUACCUCUUGCAGAUGAAUCAUGGUCUCACACAAUUGCUGAAAUACCAGAUUUCAAUUUUGAUAGCUCUCAAUGUGGUAUAACCGUAAAUGUUGAUGACAUGAACGGAGUUCUUGAUUUUUUCUACCUUGCAUUUCCGCAAAAUUAUAUAGGAUACCUGGUAAACUGUACUAAUAGUUAUGGGAAUGCUUUAUGCAAUAGUAAUAGACCUCACACCAGACAUAGCCGCAAAAUGGCAUACCGUGAAGUCACUUCCGAAGAGAUUAUGAAAUUUCUUGGACUUAGCCUACUCAAAGGUCAUAUAAAAUGUCCUAAACAAAGAAACCUUUUUUCAUUAUCUGAUCCACUACAUUAUCACCCCAUAUUUAGUUUCAUAAUGUCCGGACGAAGAUAUGAGCAAAUCCUACGCUGCCUCUAUGCAUCGGAAUUGGAAGCCAAAGGAGAAACUAAGGUUGUAAAAUUUAUUGAUAUGAUGACUCUAAACUUUCGUAAAAUUUACAAUGCUGGAAAAGAACUAUCAUUGGAUGAGUCGCUUCUACUAUUUCGAGGUCGUUUGCACUUUCGUCAAUAUAUCAAGUCGAAAAAGGCUCGCUAUGGCAUCAAAUUUUAUGAACUCACCACAUCUGAUGGCUAUGUGCUAAAUAUGAAAAUGUAUUCAGGUAAAGAAGCACCUGAGCAAAACUUGGGUGAAAAUGGGUCUAAGACAGAAAAGCUCGUAUUGCGAUUAAUGCGUCCGUAUUUGCUACAUGGUCAUCAUCUUUUCAUGGAUAACUACUAUAAUUCUGUGAAUUUAUCACAGAAACUGAUUGAUUUGAAGACCCACUGCACUGGAACUUUGCGGGCAAAUCGUAAAGAAAAUCCUGUAUAUAUUGUAAAGAAAAAGCUGAAGAGAGGUGAGCACGUAUGGGCACGUAAGAAUAAAGUUUACGUUUCAAAGUGGAAAGAUAAACGUCCAGUAAUGAUGAUUACCACUGGCCAACAUCCUUCGAUUGUGGAAGUGAGUAACAGAUUUGGCAAGAGAAGACUGAAACCCGCAGAAGUGGAACUUUAUAACAGGUACAUGUCUGGCAUUGAUAGGUCCGAUCAAUUGAUAUCUUAUUACUCGUGCCCCGAAAAACUAUAAGAUGGUACAAAAAGGUAUUGUUUCACUUGCUAGAUAUUGCGGUAUGGAAUGCUUACUUUCUGUAUAAAAAAUAUAAGAAAAACAACGCCUCUUCGUAUCAUUAUAUUAACUAUCGAGAAGAACUGAUCAAGGUGAUGAUUGGGAUUCAUGAUCGAAAUAUCAAAGGAAAAGACAUGGUCAAUCAAAGCAGCAUUUAUGAUAACAGACGAUUCCGACCAAGCACAUCAUCUGCUCCACAGGCAGUCAAUAUUUCUGGUACUGAAAAUAUCAUAACUGGUCAUUGGCCAGAACAAAUUUUAUCUAGACCUGGUACAGCAAAAAAGUUUGCUUUCCUAAAGUGCAAAGUUUGUACUAAAAAAAAUAUUCGAAAGGAAACGAGCUAUCGCUGUAAAGGAUGCCCCGAUAAACCUCCAUUGUGUCCACCAUGUUUCGAAUCUUACCAUAAUAGUAUUGACAAUAAUGAAUAAUUACGCUGAUUUUUAGAUUAUGAAACUGAUUGUGAUAUCACGUUCCUUACGUACAAAA